UAUUAAAUUGUUUUUCACGCCGUGCGUGUUUCCUUGAUUUUUUUGUAGCGCACAAAUGGCAAAGCCGAUCCUGGAGCCCAUGUGCAAGAUCGCGGUAGUCCUCGGAGGUGCUACCGGUGUUGGGUAUGCCGCCGCAAAUCACCUGUUAAUGAAAGGAGCACGAAGCGUGGUUUUAAUCGACUCCAGAGAGGACACUGGACAUCUUGCGGCGAGAAAGCUUUGUUCCGCCUUUGGGAAAGAUCGAGCACAAUAUCUCAGGUGCGACACGAGAGUAGAGAGCCAGUUGGAAGGGAUUUUAGGGAAAGUGUUGUGCAAACACAAAGGCAUUCACAUACUUUUCAACGAUCUCGACAAACACGAAGGGCGGCGCCCCCCUCGAGCUUUCUGCUCCAAAGAAGACUCUAACCUGGACAACACCACGAGAGCUGUUCAAACAGGGAUGAAGUUUAUGGGGACGCCUAAUGGCGGUCCUGGAGGGAUGAUAGUCAAUAGUGCCAGUAUCCUCGGAUUUAUGGCAUUCCCUCAGGACCCUGUGCCCGUUUAUUGCUUCAAAGAACCUGCCAUCGAAGCCACUCGAGAUCUCGCGAAGCAGUUCCCCGAGGAGAAGACAGGAGUGCGCAUCGUCGCUCUUUGUCCGGCUAAUAAACAAUUUCAUUGCAUCGGUCUGCCUGAUUUUCCAGAAGGGAAGAAGAUUUCAGAAAAUGGGAAUCACCGAGAAGGAACAGGAAAUCAUGCCUGCGUUCCGACAGAUCAUUCGAAAAUUGGUAAAGCACUCACUCACGUGUUGGCUUGGGCGACACAUGGAAGCAUAUGGCUCGUAGAAGGUUCCCCAAGUGUCUAUGAACUUCCUAGGAUGAUUCACUUUCCGUCGAAGGAAGGCGAGAAAAUCGAUCCCAAGGUCUACGACAAUGAGUCCUGUCCCGUCACAAUAAAGCCUGAUUGUGCGGAAAUUUUGGAAGACACUUGUCCACUGGGCGAUAACGCCAACUGCGAAUUAACGCCGAAACGCAAAAAGUAAUGCGAUGACGAUGGAAGAAGAAAACAUUGUAAAAUUAUUUAACGAGGAAAAUACACAACGCGAAACGCCACUGUAAAAAAUUGUCUCAUUGAAAUUUCCAAGAAUACAGAUAGAGAGUCUUAUUAUUUUUCCCGCUCUGCGCCAUUCCUGGCAAUCGGUGACAUUAUUGGUUUACGCUCGCGUAAACAAGAUUCGUGAGAGUUCAAGUAAGAAGCAAGUAUCGUUGUUAAGACAAAUUAUUGAUACAAAAAUAUUUUAAUCGACUCUGCGGAAUGAAAGUUCGAUAUUCCGUUUCUCCCUUCCUCUUCCUCCCGGAACAUUUCUCGACUUUCAGGCUUCCCGACGAUUUUUUAACGACGCUGUUGAUAAAUAAACAUUGAACUGCGACCCCAGCUUAUUUUAAAUUAACAACAGCCUCGGAACUUAUCUGCCUCCUUUGCAGAUCAAACGUGGGUUGGCAAGGUUUCUUUAUUGCCAUAAACAGGACGAAAAAUCCAGGAGCCCUUUGUCAAUGAGUCAUUUAAAUACGAUAAGAAGAAUUUGAUUAAACACAUAAACAAAACAUAUUAUCGCAAACAUCCAAUAGGUACUGUAAAUUACAACGAAA